AUGCAUAAUUAUUCGAAUAUUGUUCGCAGUAUGAGUGAUUCUAGUUUGCAUCAAAAAAUGUUUUUUUUGGAAAAAAGAAAAGUAAAGAAUUAUAUAUGUAAUUUACAUACAAUAAAUCAAUCUUUUAACAAAAUAUCGAUUAAAAUACCUACUAAUCAGCAUCUAAUAACUACAUCUUCUAAAAAAAUAUCUUAUUCAUUUCAAGGUAAUAAACAUAUGAAAUAUCUGUUGGAUUGGAAUUCAAAAGAAAUUUGCAAAUGGCUAUAUAGAAAUGGAUUUAAUAUUUAUGUUGAAAGAGAUUCUUUAAAAAAUCGUAUCAUUGGAAAGCCACUUUCAAGACCAGUAAAAUAUGCUCGAAUAAAACGAUUGCAGUAUCUUGAGGAUCAAAAGGAAACUUUAAGAUUAUAUCACAUGAUCAAUAAAUAUGUAAAUUGUAGCAUAACUGAUGGUAAAGAAAGUCUAGUAAAAAAAAAAGAAUUACCUAUGUCAAAAUACCAUACAUCAGUAUGUUAUCAUAAGGAAGAUUCUAAAUCAUUAACUUUUCUACCUUGGAUAAAAUCAUCUGAUAAUAUAGUUCAAAACAAUUCGGAAAAUAUUUUUAAAGUAAGCAAUUUUAAAUCUAGAAAGUUAGCUAACUCGUAUGGAACCUUAAUAUCUGAUCAAUAUACAGAAAAAAUACAAGAAAAACAGUACUUGAUUUCAUUCUCUUCUGAUGAGGAAACCUUUCAUGAUUCUAAAAGUUUUUUAAAGAAUUUUUUAACUCCAAAAAAUUCAAUUUUUAAAUUAUUUAAUUCGAAUGCUCAUAGAAAGUUAAAAACUAAUACUAUUAAUAAUAAUAGUAAAGAAUCUGCUUUUUUUUUAAAACUAUUUAUGCCCAAGAGUAAAAAAUUUCAAAAUUAUAAUGAUUUUUAUAAAACAUCAUCUUAUAAAAAUGAUAAUUUUUAUGAAAAAAAUCAAAACUUUCAAAUAAAAAAGAAAAGGAGUAAUAUUUUUGAUAUUAGUGAUAAAUUUAUGAGGUUUUUACGAAAAAAUGCCACCUGUGUAGAUUCUUCUGGUUUUAAGAUUUAUCAAAAUGUUUCUAAAUACAAAAAACUUAAGAAAACAGAAUCUUGUGAAUUUUUAAAUAAUACUAAUGCAACAAAAAAUUCGAAUACAUUAUUUUCAAAUACCUAUAAAUCAUAUAAACUUAAAAAUAUUAAAAAUAUUAUAACAAAAAGCAAUAUUAGUAAUUCGUGGACGCCAAAAACUCUUAAUUUAAAAAAUAAAAAUCGCACUUUAGAAUUAACUAAAAUAGUUCAAUCUACUAAAGAUAGAGAAACAUUUGUAAUUGUUGAUUUAACUGACUGUAUAAAUGCUUCUGAUAUUAGAAAACAGUUAUGUAGAAAAUUGGGUAUUAUAGAAUUAUGGUCUGAAUGUCGCAUUUUUAGUACUCAGAUUUAUACUAAAGAUUAUGAUGAAGAGUUAGAUGAUGAAAAGUUAAUUUACGCAAGAUUUUAUGCAGAUAAUAUUGGAACUUUGAAAUUUUAUGUAGAAUUUCCUUCGAAAAAAGUAGAUAAAAACAUAUGUGAUACAAUAUCAGUUUAUUCAAUUCCUCGUAAUGAAUUAUUGGAACAAGAAAACAUUUAUUUAAAUCUAUUAUCUAAUUCUCCUAUUUUACUAAAUAAAAAUAAUAAUGGUUCUCAAAUUUUUAAUAAUUUUUUCAAAAUUUCCUCAAAUAUUUCCAAUAGAAAAAUGAAUUUAGAAUCUAAAAUUCAAAAAUCAUUUAUAUCAAAAUCCGAGUGGGAUAAUAAUAUAUCCAUUAAGAAUCAAAGUUAUAAAUUAGAAACUAAUAAAAAAACAUUUUUAAAAAAAACAGUUCAAUUUCAAAAGAAUAAUAUUUAUAAUAAUUUAAGUAAUCAAAAGAGAAAAAUAGAUUUCUUUGAUGUUUUUCAAAAUAAUGAAGAAAAUGUUAAUUUUCAUAUUAGAAAAAUUAAAGAUAAUAUAAAUACUAGAUUGGAUUCUUUAUUAAAUCAAAACGGAAAUUUAGGAUAUUUAAAAUCUUUCAACAAUAUACAACUUAAUAAUAAUAAACAUAUUAAUGUUGAAAAAUUACAAUUAUCUAAAAAAUUAAACACUAAUAUUAUUACUGAUUUACCUGCUAUUUUUAACAAACUAUUUCCCUCAAAUUUAGAAAAAAAAUUAAUAAAACAAAUAAAUACAUUAAACUUAAACGAAUCUUCUGAAAAAUCAUAUCAAAAUAUAGAAAGUAUAUUAAAAGGAUAUUCUGAGAAAAACAAUAUGUCUUUUGAAAAUGAAAUUCAACUGAAAAAAAAUACGUAUAAUUUAAAAAAUAGCUAUAUUUUUUUUGAAUCUGACAAUUUACUUUUUGAUGUAUAUGAUGAAAAUGUUCAUGAUUAUUCAUGUUCUAAAAAGGAAAUUAAUAAGAAUAUUUUAAGUUUUAAAAAUUCUGAUAUAGAAAACUCAUUAAUUAAUACAGAUUUUUCUACGAGAAAUAUAGUUAAGAUACAAGAAUUGUCAGAAAAAUUAUAUAAUAAAAAAUGUAAAAUUAAAUAUUCUAAUAAUGAACAUAGAUUAAAAAAAUCAUUAGAAGAGUUGCCUAAUUUAAAUUUAUUUGAACUUCAAAAUUCUCAUACUCAAAAUCAAACAGUUUCUAAAACUAGAAUACUUUCUAUUAUAGAAAAAAGCCUUCAACCUAAAGAAGUUUUAGAUUUAUCUAAUAGUAGUUUUAUUGAUGAAAUAGAAAACGAUCAAGAAAUAUUUUGGGCAAUAAAACCAAAAAGAAUGUCUAAUAAAAUGUUUUCUGAGAAAUUGAAGGAUUUUAAGAUAAAUAAUUCAAGUUAUAAUUCAAACAUAAAUAUUUUAUUAAAUGAUUUGGAAGUAAAAAAUAUCUCGAAAAUGUCCAUAGAAAAAAUAUUUUCAAAUGAAGCUACUAAUUCAUUGGCCUUAAAAAAUGUCGAAAAUAGUUAUGACUCUACUUCAUUUACAUCAUCAAUAUCAUCAACUAAAAGUAUUUUUGAAAAAAAAAUCUGUAAUAACGAUAAAUGGGGAAUUCGUCCAUCAACUCAGGUAGUUUAUGAACAUUUAGAAGACUUUUUUCCAAAUCAUGAUCUUGAUAAACCUAUAAUUAAUCAAUUGGUUGAUUUAACUAACUUAUCUGAUACAAAACAUAUUUCAGAUACAUUCUUAACACUUAAAUUUAUUUCUCCUGUUUAUUGCACUAACAUUCAAAACUGUAUGAAAUCUAUUAAAGUUGUUGCAAAAGAAGCAAAUGAAGCUCAAAAAAAAAGCGAAAAUAGUUUUAAAGAUAAUAAAUCAUUUAUACCAAGAAAAAAAAGUGCAAAAUUAUGGGGUAUAAAAUCCCAAGAAAUAAAAUUAAAUAAGGACAAGAAUGAUUAUAAUUUAGUAGAAACUAACAGUAUAAAAAAAACACCCACUUUUAAAUGGAUAAAAGGUAAAUUGAUUGGAAAAGGCAGAUAUGGGAAAGUAUAUUUAGCUAUGAAUGCAACUACUGGAGAAAUGUUAGCUGUAAAACAAGUAAAAAUUUAUGAUAAUUUAAAUAACCAAGAUCAUGAAUACCAAAAAGAUUUAAUUGAUGCUUUAAAUAUGGAAAUUGAAACGAUGAAAGAUCUUGAUCACCCUAAUGUUGUCCAGUAUUUAGGAUAUGAACGAACCAAAACAACUAUAAGCAUUUUUUUGGAAUAUGUUUCUGGAGGUUCUAUUGGAAGAUGUCUCCGAAAAUAUGGAAAAAUCGAUAAACCAACAAUACAAUUAUUUACUCGCCAAAUUUUAGAAGGACUGACAUAUUUGCAUUCUCAAGGAAUCCUUCAUAGAGAUUUAAAAACAGAUAAUAUAUUAUUAGAUGUAGAUGGAAUUUGUAAAAUAUCGGAUUUUGGAAUAUCUAAAAAAAGCAAAGAUAUUUACGACGACAAUGCAAACAUGUCAAUGCAAGGAACUAUUUUCUGGAUGGCACCUGAAGUUAUACAAAAUCGGAAACGAGGCUAUAGUGCAAAAAUAGAUAUUUGGUCAUUAGGCUGCUUAGUUCUUGAAAUGUUUGCAGGAAAACGUCCUUGGUCUAAUGAUGAAGCAAUUGGUGCUAUGUUUAAACUUGGGAACAGAUCACAAGCUCCUCCAAUUCCAGAAGAUAUUGCUUCUGAUAUUAAAGAUGACGCUCUCGACUUUCUUAAAUCAUGUUUUAUUGUAGAUCCAAGUAUAAGACCUACUGCUCAAGCUCUUCUUAAACAUCCUUUUAUAGAAAAUGCGAAUUCUGAAUUUAGAUUUUCGAAUUCUUUGUUAAGUCAACUGAUUAAAACAGAGUAA